AAAAAUAAGAUGUGUUCAUGUUUAUUAUCAACAAAAUUGAAAUUUAUCACAGAGAAAAUCGUGUGAAAGCCGAUAAUAUUUACGUGUGAUGAUGCCUUUGCUCGAUCAUCGAUUCAUUGAAUCGUUUGAAAUUGUUGUUUUAUAUCCUGAAUGAAUAGAAAGAAAAUCUCCAUUAUUCAACUAUGUCAAAAUUAAUUCUAUUAUCGAUUACUUUGAUGGUCAUUUAUGGAUCAUUUAUUGUUACUGUUGCUCAAUUGAAUGUUGACCAAGAAGAAGCACGAAGACUUUGUCAAUCAAUGUAUCGUAUUGAAGCCGAUGUUGAAGGUACAUUCUUUUUGAAUUAUCAUUGUCAAUUACAAUGUAAUUUUACUGGCCGUACCCGAAUACAAGAAGUGAAUUCUGGACAAUCUUGUCGACCUGAUUCAAUGGAAGCCGAUAGAAUUGAUUAUAGAUGUCAAUCAGGUCGAUGUUUACCACGACAAGUUCCAUCGCAUCAUCAAGGCCCGCCAACAUCACCAAUUGUUGUGCCGGUUCCAAGUCGUCAAAUUGGCCAUCUGACCAUUCUUUCAACAAAAGCUGAAUUGACCACACCAGAAUUGGAUACAUAUCUAAUGAUAUGUGUCCUGAAUAAUGUUGCCGAACCAAUUCAUCAUUUACCAUUAGAAGAUCAUUAUUGGCUAAAUCGUUGUCAUAGUUGUUCAAGUGAUUUGGUACGUGAAACACGUACACCACGUUACAUUUCACCAUGUCCAAUGUCUGAACGUUAUCCAAUAAAUCAGAAUUCACGAAUUAUUUUCGAAAUUUGGACACAUAAUUCGACACAAACACUGCGAACACCGAAUGGAAAACCAGGACAAUUUAUUGGUGGUGCACAUCUUCGUCUUAAAGAAUUAAUUGAUCGUCGUAAUCUUGGUCGGCCAUAUUCAAUGCACAUAAGUGAUGGUAUAACCACCGGUACAAUCACCACUGAGAUCGAUUGGUCUUAAUUUGAAUCGUUUUUUAUUAGCAUUCAUUUAUUAUUAUUUUUAUAGAGAUUAUAAAUCGAAAUAAAAAUAGAAACAUUUCAUACA